ACCGCGACAUGACGCUCACGUGACGUCGCGUGACGGACGACCUGGCCCAGGUGACGGCCGGUGCAUAAAGGGCCGCGCCGCCGUCCAGUCGGCAGUGCGGCAGCUGGCUCUGCGCGGUACGGUGCGCGGUGCUCGGGUCGUGUCCAGCGCGAUCUUCGCGGCCGGCGAGAUGGGACUCCCCUGGUGGCUUCUGCUGGUCUACCUGCGACACUCGGUCAAGGUGGGACCGAGCGCCUUCAACUACAAUGAGACGACCCACUGGAAAGAUCACUUCCCGAUGUGCGGCGGACCGAUGCAGUCGCCCGUUUCCCUGACGGCCACCCGCCUGGCGCUUAGCAGAACUCCCACUCUCAAGUUUGCCGAUGGACUGGAGGACGGCGAGGUUGAAUUUGUCAACACCGGUCGAGAGAUCAAGCUGAAGCUGAUGCCGAAGAACAGAAAGCUUCCGCUUCUCCAUCUCAUCUCGUACAGCAAGCCGACGCUCGGAAUUUACACGUUCGCUCAGAUGCACUUCCACUGGGGGGCCACCCCGGAGGCUCAUGGCUCUGAGCACUCCAUUGGAGACAAGUACACCGACGCCGAAGCUCACUUUGUCUUCUUCAACACUCGCUACGGCUCGUUCAAGGACGCCGUGCGCCAUUUCGACGGUCUGCUGGUGCUGGGCGUGAUGCUGGAAGGCUCCGAGAACAAAAACCAGUUCUUCUUCCCGACUCUGGGCAUGGAGAAGGGCGUGCAGCAUCUGGCGGUGCCGGGAGGCAAGUUCCGUGAAAAGCUGGAUCUCAGCCCUGUUCAGGAUCUGCUGAAGAGGGCCGUGCGGAGGUUCUACAGCUACCACGGCAGCCUGACCACGCCUCCGUGCAACCCGGUGGUGUCCUGGAUGGUGUCGGCCAACCCGAUGGCCAUUAGCGGCGACUUCCUGCGCGCGCUGCGCGGCCGGGUGUUCGAGGACGACGAUGGAAACCAGCUGCUAGUCAACAACCGUCGGCCCGUGCAGCCGACGCACGGCCGUGUCAUCACGCAGCACAUCAGCAUCGGCGUGUAGUCUCGGUCCUGGCGGGCUGAGAGCGGCGCAGAGACGAGGAGAUCGCAGCCCCGGGCUGGGAGAGUCGCAGAGUCGGCCGGGCGGGGCCGAGCGCGCCCUGCGGAGUCCACCGGCACCGGUGCUGAGCUGCAGAGGGUUGGCUCGGCCGUACCGCCCGGCUCAAAUCCAAGAGGCAAACCUAUCGUGCUGGCAUGGUUCGUUUGCAGUCGUGUUGUUUCCGAUGUGUGGCGGAGUUGAUAAGGAGAGGAGGAGGAGGAGUGAUGUAUCGAGGGUAUUUUUGUGGUGCGCAUUGCAUGUGUCUUCGCUAAGUCAAGUGAUAUUUAGUGUGACAUAUUUGUGUUCCAAGGACAAUUUAGAGUGUGUUGUUUGAUUGCCAUGUUUCACUUGUGCGAUAGUCAUUAUCAUAUCAUCUUUUUGAGUGUUCAUAUCAGAGUUAACUAUUGACGUGUUGCAAAUACAUAUCAAAGUUUGCACUUCUAUUGUGUAACUCAGAAACGCCGUGCAAUUGAUGAAACCCUCAGCCGCCUGACACCCCGAGACCACCUUUUGAUGCACACGUUCCAGCAGCCUGCUCACUUGGAAGCAGAACAAUCUGGGAUUCAAGCUAAUAUGUUCAGGAUUGUCCUUGGAACGUCAAUGAUGCAAGCAUGUUACACUAAUGGUCACUUGACAUAUGCUGCUGCUAACAAACGCGUCAAAAUUGGUGGGGAUUAAUAUAAAAAGCAAUUUAUUCAAAAA